AUGGCACCAAAAGCAGAGAAGAAGCCGGCAGAGAAGAAGCCGGCAGAGGAGAAGAAGACGACGUCUUUUCAGAAUAAAAGUUUUUGGAUGGCAAAGGGUCCUGCACAUAUGUCCGAUGGGGAUGCAGCAUUUGAUAAUCCGUCCCGAAUUGAACCUAAGAGGUCUCAUAAUUGGUUUGUUGAUGCUGUACCACAGCUAUUCCCCAGCAAGAAGCAAGCUAUACAAGCUCCAAACAACAAAUCAAGUUCUGGAAUAUCUAAUUUAAAUGUUUCCCCUUGGGAAAAUGCUUCCAGUUUUCAAUCAGUUCCAAGCCAAUUUAUUGACCGGUUGUUUGGCUCCGAUUCUGAAAGGCCUGUCAAUUUCACUGAAAGGAACAUAUCUCCUGUUGAAGUGGAUAACAUAAGACGAAAAGGCAUUGAAGACCAUUUUGGUGAAGAUGCCUCUGUUGGUUCGUCAAUAUCUCAUACCAUGGAAGACCCUGAAACAUGUUUUAGUUAUGGUGGAAUUAGAAAAGUCAAGGUCAAUCAAGUUAAGGACUCUGCUAACAGUAUGCAUGCACCAAAGGAACAUAGUUUUAGUAGGGAAAAUAACGGUGACAUGACUACAAUUGAGGCCUAUGACAGGGAAAAUGAAAGUAGUUUCAUUUCAAUGGGGCAUAGCUAUGAUAAGGAGUAUGAUAAUGUUGCACUAAUGGGGCAUACCUACAACAGGGGUGAUAUUCAUAUCAGAACAGCAACUCCUGCCUAUGGUAAGGGUGAUGAAAUUCCUAUAUCAAUGGGUGACACUUAUGGUAAGGAGGAGGCCAAUAUUCUUUCUUUUGGUGGCUUUCAUGAAGAACAUGAGAUUAUUCCUGUGGGGAGGCCUCUAAGUAGCUUUGAGCCCUCAUACACUCCAUCUUCCAAUCUAUCAUCGGAAGGAGCCUCAGAAAAACAGCUGGAUGCAUCAACUGCUGUUGCAGUUGCAUGUACUACUCGGGCUCCUAAAUUAAGACCUGAAUCUGCUUCAAGGACUAAACCAGAGUUCAAAUCAUCAAAGAAAGAAGCUCCAAACAGCUUCCCUUCAAAUGUCAGAAGUUUGAUAUCGACCGGUAUGCUAGAUGGUGUACCUGUGAAGUACAUUUCCUUGUCACGGGAGGAGCUUCGUGGAGUCAUAAAAGGUUCUGGCUAUCUUUGCGGGUGUCAAUCAUGUAACUUUUCUAAGGUGCUGAAUGCUUAUGAGUUUGAGCGCCAUGCUGGUUGCAAAACAAAACAUCCAAACAAUCACAUUUACUUUGAGAAUGGAAAGACUAUUUAUCAGAUAGUACAAGAAUUGAGGAGCACUCCUGAGAGCUUGUUGUUCGAUACAAUUCAAACCGUGUUUGGUGCACCAAUUAAUCAGAAGUCCUUUCGCAUUUGGAAAGGUAAUUAAACUUGAUUAGCUGCAAAGCUGCUUGUUUG